AUGCCUCUGAUUGUGUUUGCAGGCUACCCUUCGUGCGGCAAGACUACAUGGGCACUCAAGCUGAAAAAUCAGCUGGAGGAAAAGAUUGCUAGUCUGCAAAAAGGAGAACCGGGGGCAAAUUAUAAGGUGGUUCUGCACAACGACCAGAAUCUAGGAAUUCAGCGUGACGCAUACACCGACUCCACCAAAGAGAAGGCUGCGCGGUCGGCCCAGAUCUCUGCGGUUAAGAGAGACAUCUCGAAGUCCACCAUAGUUAUUCUGGACUCAAUGGCUUACAUUAAAGGUUUCAGAUACCAACUACACUGCGAAAGCAAAGCGUUGAGCACACCGCACUGUGUGAUCCAGGUUAUCACGCCCUUAGAGAAGUGUCUAGAGUGGAACAGAAAUAGAGAAGCGAGAGACAGAUGGGACGAGAAGGUGAUGCAAGAGCUGGUGCUGCGGUACGAGGAGCCAGAUGGACAGAACAAAUGGGAUUCUCCGCUGAUCCCUAUUGGCUAUGACGACCCAGAGCUACCGUUUGACGACAUAUGGGCUGCAAUCGUGCUGAGAAAAGGUCCUCGGCCUAACCAGUCCACGGUGACGAAACCAGCGAUAGAAAUCAAUUUUCUUCAGGAACUAGACCGGGUGACUGCGCGGGUGGUCCAAGAAGUGAUCCAGUACCAGGAGAUGAACGGAAUAGGGGGAGUAGUGCGGGUGAAUGUUGAAGGCGGAGAGUGCGUGGUAGAGAUGCCCACGCACGCAGUUUCGAUAGCACAGCUGCAACGUUUCAGAAGAGCCUACGUGGGGCUAAACAGAAUGAGAAACGUGGGAGUCGACAGAAUCGGCGUGCUUUUUGGCGAGUACCUUACCAGAGCAAUGAACCAGUGAGGCGGCUAUCUCAGUCAUUCUAUUCGAUUAUCUUAUAUAGUUUCAGCUCCGAAUAAAGUCGAACUUGGCGAUCACGUCGUCUGUUACGUUUUUCUUCGAGUCUGGGUCCAACGAGAACACAGUGAUGGCAGAAGCACAGCUCUUGACGACUUCAAACUCAGCAGGCAGAGAGCAGUCACCAGCAGAACACACGGCAAGCGCAUUGUCAUACAAAUAAAGUUCCUCCACAAGAUUGGUCUCCUCGUUGACUCGGGCACCGUAGACGGAAAAGCCCGGGCCUGUUUGUCUGGAGUGAUAGAAAACUGGGUCCAAACAGUCAGAGCCAACGUCGGAACCGGCUUUUGCAAAAUUGACGUUCAGUCCGGUGGAAAGAGGAAGCAGUCUUUGGUUGUCACCCUGCUUCUCAAACAAUGAAUUGAGUAGCUCGACAGACUUCCUGGAGUAGAUGUUGGCAGACUGGUUUGGAUCGUCGUUGAGGUUGUCCUUGAAGAAUGAAUUGUUGGAGUUUGCUCCGGAGAGUGCAAUGGCAGAGUACCCGCGCUCAGUGGCGUAGUAGGCGGCGCCGAUGGUUCCCGAAAUAACAAAGUCUCUUUCUCCGAGGUUGUUUCCUUCGUUGGGACCGCCCACAACAACGUCGACGGUCAUGUUGUUGAAAUAGGUGGGAAGAAUGUAGUCCAGGGCCACCGCCACGCAAGCUGCAGGGGUGCCGUUGUAGUACCACACGUUCAGAUCGUCCUCCUCGUGGCCCCACGAAGGAGAGCCCGCUGGUGGAUAGCCAAACUCAGCGUCCGUCUCGAGUGUGUUAGAGGCUGCAAGCUGGAACUUCCCACCGUUGCCGGACAUCUGCACGGCAGGUGCCACCAUGACGACAUCAUGACCAGCGGCCUUGAGGUCUCUGUAGAAAGCUCUGAUAUUAGUAGCAGCCCAACCGUCGUCGUUGGUCAGGAGAAUGUUCUUUGCAGAGCUAGCAACCAGGGAGGUUGCGAUGGCGAGUAGAGAAGUGAGUUUCAU